UGUUCAGAAGGAGGCCGAACCUCAAGUUUAUCUCAGUAAAGAAGAAGUUAAAGAGAAGAUACAAAGCUAUAAUUCAUCUGUUACUGAUAAAUUAAAGAUGACCUUGAACGCGAAUGGGAUUUACACUGGCUUCAUCAAGGUGCAGAUGGAGCUGUGCAGACCGAUCACUGUGCAGUCCUCCCAGAGCCAGGGGAGGUGUGCUCACAGCAAUACCGAAACUGCUUUUUACCUGCCGGACGGCUGCGUGAACACCCUUCACAUCAGCAGCACCAAUACCGUCCGCGAAGUUAUCGAGGCCUUGCUCAAAAAGUUUUUCGUGGCUGACAACCCCGCAAAGUUUGCACUUUAUAAACGCUGUCACAAGGAAGACCAAGUUUAUACAUGCAAGCUCUCAGACCGAGAACACCCCCUCUACCUGCGUUUGGUGGCAGGCCCCAGGACAGAAAUGCUCAGUUUUGUUCUGCGUGAGCAUGAAACUGGAGAAGUCAUGUGGGAAGCUUUUAGUAUUCCUGAACUGCAAAACUUCUUGCGUAUACUGGACAAAGAGGAAAAUAAUCAACUGCAAAUCUUAAAGAAGCGUUACGCAGUUUACAGAGACAAACUUGAAGAAGCCCUUGGUGGGGUGUGGAAGCCUGGUUAAAAGGGGGCCAAAGGACACUCAGGAAAAAUGCACGCUACCAAAUGUCAGUAUAGCAUGCCAAACCUAAUGUACAAAGAGCAGCAGAGAGUAGUUUUCUUUAUCCAGAGGACUGUUUUGUGAUGCCGGGGUACCUGAAUUUUGCUAUAGACUUAGUUCCAUAGGCCAGGUCACUUAGCAUCUUGCACCCACAAGUAAGGGGUUCUGCAUGUUUGUACAUCAGUUUGCAACCCUCUGUGUGCCUAGAGAGUUUUCCAAGUUAUCUUGGUGCAAGCUGUGAAACUGAAUCAAUUUUCUAGGAUGCUAUGAAAUAAGAUUUAUUUUUCUUCUUUGCUUUAAUGGUAGCUU